AAUGUUCAAAAGAAUAUAAAAAGAAUGGCUAUAUGCGAUUUCAGUAGAUACGAAGCACCGCACUACUCGCCGGAUUACGGAAACGGCGCUCGAGUCCCGGUAUACGAGGAGAACUCGACGGACUACAAUAACCCCGGCGGCGGCGGCGGCGGCGGCAGUUGGUACAGGUGUUACGAGACGCCACCGCAAGAUCAUUCGCAGAUGCGAGGCGUUGAACUUGUGGGCGGGAGGACCGACGACUUGGGGCCACUCGACCGAUCCGCCGAUUCCUGCUGGGACUGCAACGUAGCCACUCCGAAAACUACCGAUUCCGGCGAACCGGAUACCGGCAGCCCUCGCAAAAGCGCGAGUCGCCGUCGAUCGAGGGACGUCCCACCAUCCCCGAGUGUUCUGAAACGUCGGCGCUUGGCGGCGAACGCUCGCGAGCGUCGCCGCAUGAACGGACUCAACGACGCGUUCGACAAACUUCGCGAAGUCGUUCCCAGUCUCGGAGCCGAUCACAAGCUCAGCAAGUUCGAGACGCUGCAGAUGGCUCAGACCUACAUCGCCGCGUUGUGCGAUCUACUCAAGCAGCACGACGAGAAGAGAUGAAUAAAAAUAUUUUCGUAUGCGUGAGAACACUUUUUUUUAGUUUUUUUGAAUUUCUAUUUAUAUAGUUUGGUUUUAUUUAUUCCGAUCGAGAUCGUUUGUUUGGGGGAUAAUUAGUAUGAAAUGGCGAAGCGUGAGACGUGAGAUUAGUUAAUUUUUUGUAAUACUCUUUUUUGAUAAAUAUAUAUUAUUAAUACAGCUAAGUACUUAAGAUAAUAACGGUUGCCUUUGGCGCACGUAAGUGAUGAGUAUUAACUAGUUCUGUUGAACAAAAUAUACGAUAUAUUUAGGUAUAACAAUUUUAUAUAAGUAUAUUUUUAUUAUGCAUACGCGAUAUCUCGAAUACUUGCAUGAAAUGCGAAAUGUUUAUAUUAUAUAUUUGUACAAACGAGACGACUCAGUAUAGAAUACAGUUAAAGUUCCUGUGCUGACAUUAUGCCAUUAUCGCAACUAUUGAGAUUGACUCAGAUAAGCUCUGUCCAUUUUUUAUAUAUUAUUAUAAAAGAGUUGUUUAUAUAAGAUGCGCGGUUGUUUGUCGAGAAAAAAUGUAUAUUUAAUAAUCAAAGGAACGUGCUGCGAAAACACAUUGUAAUUUGAGAGCGAAAAAAACGCAUGCCAAAGAUGAAUACCAAUAAGUUGGGCGCCACCGCGAACUGUUCGAAAUUCUAAUAUGUAAGACCGUGUCAUUCUUUUAUAAAUUAUUUAGCGUGAUAUUUAUAAAGUGCACUUUCUUAAGCUAUUUUUCUUAAACGAAACUUGUAAAUACAAUGAAUAAAUGCGAUUUUAAUACAUA